AUGAACAAUGUUUCAGUUACUGUCAACCCAAGGGACUUAAAGAACUCUGAGCUGAAACUAGUAGCCAAAAAUGAAACCAAGCCUCUGGGGAAAACUGAGACUCCUCAGGUGAAGCCCUUGAAAGCUCUGGAGCACAUCUAUGCCAACAGUUGGGCACAAUAA